AUGUCCAGAGGGAUUCCAAAGGUUUAUGAGGACGGCCCCGGUGCAGCAGCCCAGGUCAAACCGCCUCUUUACCACGAGGCCGUCAAUAACCGCAGCUCAUCCCGAUCACCUGAUAACACGUCCCUGAAGAAAGACAAGAUGGACAAAGUCCCUGGUUCCUGUCCCGGUCUGGACAUCCCUUCCAAGGGGACCACAGAGGACGUCCCAGUCCCCGAGGCCACCGCACCAGCACCACCAGUUUUCAAGCGUAAACUCCGGAAGGCAGCAGUGGGAACCGGCUGCGACAUCCGCCUCAGAGUGUCCGUGGCAGGAUUUCCCAAAGCGUCGCUCAGCUGGUACCACAACGAGGAAGUCCUGCCUCCAUCAGAAGCCCAGGACUCGGGGGGGCUGUGGAUACGGGACUGCCGCACCAGCGACGCCGGCGUGUACACCUGCGUGGCGACCAAUGAGCUGGGAGAAGCCAGCUGCAGCACCGUCCUCGCCAUCAUGGACCUCGGGGAAGACUCUGAGGCCACAGAGGACGAGACCACGGAGCCUCAGAUGGAAACCAAAGAAGGGCCCGGGAGGCACCAGGACAAGGCCGGACGGAGAGGCCCUUCAGGUGAGGGAGGACGGCUGACGGACUAUAACCCAGAUGCUCCGGAUCGCAGGGCCACCCUCCCCGGCACGUACGACCCCGUGGUGGAGCGAGAGCUCCGGGCUCUGGGCUCCCGCCCCCCGGGGCCCCACUUGGACCCCACGAACCCAGCCAGGAAUCAAACUGCCGACGCAUCGCAGGGGCUUCUCUCCUGUGUCCCCCUGUCCUCUCCCCAGCCACCCCCCACCACGCACAGACACAGCAGCAGAACCCCAAACCAAGACCCGGAUCCGAGUGUGAACAGUGUGGUCAUGACACCCAAACUGGCUCGUGCAGGACCCAAGAUCUUCGACAAGGUGCGAGCGUUCGAGGAGCGGAGGGCCAGCGUGGACGGGCCCGGAGGAGCAGGACGCUCGGCCCCCUGCGACCCGGACGGCGCUGGACAGAAGACGGGCGGUCCCAGCAGAGAGGGCCGAGUCCUCCAGAGACGAGAAGCCUUCAAACAACGGGCUUCUUCCUUAGAGGACAAGACGAGCUACUCCCAGAGGGUCCAGGGCUACCAGAGCAAGUUCGCUGAGGAGCUCCAGAGGAUCAAGAAGCUCGUGGGAAAGCCGAGCUUGAAGAAGGCUUACUCCACGGAGCAGCUGUCCCAGAGGGAGCGUCGGCCCGUGGGGAAGCUGGAGCCCAUCCCUCCCCAGGUGGUGCAGAAGCUGGAGGCCAGGCAGCGAGCCCUGGAGGAGGAGAGGGCUGGAGGGGCUCGUCCCCGGGUCCAAGGCAACGGCCUGACUGGUCCCAGUAACGACCCAGUGAAGGAGGAGAUGAAACCAGAACCUCGGGGGAAACCAGUGGAAAGCUCUGUUACCAUGGAGACUGCACCAGUUCACCAGUUACCAGGGCAACCAUUGCCAACAGCCACGAGGACCAGUCUCACCAGAGAAAAAGUGCAACGCACUCCAGCUGCUGACAAAGACACACAAGCGUCCUCCUCCAGAGACCUGGGGACGGACUCAAAGACGAGCAACAAGACAGGCCGCCGGUCUCCCAGCCCCGUGGGGAGGACGGUCCCAUCAGGGUCCCAGUGUCCACCCAAGCCCCCCCGCCUCAGCCCGUCACCCACUCCCUCCGUCAGCCCCCUCGUGAAGAGGAGGAAGGCGGAGGUGGGCCGGGCGCCGCCUGCGAUGAAGAUGAACAUCCCCACGAUCCUGGUGGAGGAUGAACCCAUGGAGGCCGAGUGCGGCGCCGACAGCGUGAAGAGGAAAGAGAGGAGCAGGAGCAGGAGAGGGCGCUCUGCUCCAGCGUCGGCUGAUGAGGAGCCAGCUGAGGCCCCGAGGAUUGAGAGGCCCCUCGAAGCCGCCACAGGGGCCCGGGGGUCAGAGGUCACUGGAAACCCUCCACCCACAGUGACAUGGAGGAAGGACGAUGUGGAGACACGCAGCGAGGCCUCCCGUUUGGUGAAGGGUGAGGAGCACAGUCUGCUGAUGGAGCAGCCGAGGCCGAGCAGCGCCGGGUCGGACUGCGUCACAGCUGGCAGCGCCCCCCCGCUCGCCCUCCAGUCAGAGACGUCCCACACGCAGGGAGAACCAGCAGCCGUGUCCCUGGAGGUCAGGAAUCCCAUCCAGUCAGACGAGGAGUAUCUGAGCCCCCAGGAGGAGAAGAUGGAGGUCGGGGACUCGAACACACUCAGUAGAAGCGUCUGCUUCAAGGAGCGUCCGUCGUUUCAGGUGGCGCCGUGUGACCAGGGGGCAACUGAGGGUCAAGAGGUCAUCAUCUCAGCUAAGGUCCGAGGGCAGCCUCAACCCAUGGUUUACUGGUUGAAGGACAAAGUUGCAGUAAAGACGGCCGGACGCUUCGCCGUGCGAGAGACAGACGCUGGCCUCAGGGAAAUGAGAAUCAGCUCGGCCCAGAGGUCGGACUCGGGGAUUUACGUCUGCAAGAUCAUCAACGAGUACGGGAGCAGGCAGGCGGAGUGCCGGGUGGAGGUGGCAGCAGCUGCAGCACAGACGUCCCUGGGAAUCACCCGGGGGUUGAAAGACGUGGCGGCGAGGGCGGGGGAGUCGGCCAAGUUCGAGUGCCACGUCACCGGGCCCCUGGACGUGGAGGUGGACUGGCUGUCCAAUGGGAAGCUGAUCCAGCCCGCACUGCUCAACUGUAAGAUGCACUUCGAUGGAAAGAGGUGUCGUCUGCUGCUGAACUCCGUGCACGAGGACGACAGUGGGACGUACACCUGCAAGCUGAGCACCGCCAAAGAGGAGUUGACCUCCAGCGCGACCCUGAAGGUGACUCCAUCCAAGGAGCCUCUGUUCACCCGGAAGCUGGACGUCCUGGAGGUCAUCGAAGGUCGUACGGCCCGGUUCGACUGCAAGGUGAGCGGGUCGCCGGCUCCACGAGUCACAUGGACCCACUUCGAGACGCGCGUGGAGGAGAGCGACAACGUGCACUUCCUUCAGGAGAGCGGUCGCCACUCGCUGGUCAUCACACACGUCAGCAGCGACACUGAAGGCUUCUACACAGCCGUCGCUCAGAACGUCCACGGGAAGGCAGAGACCACGGCCGAGCUCUACAUGCAGGAGCCUCGAGCUGCCACCUCCUCUCACAUGGCCAAGCUGGAGAAGAUGCCCUCCAUCCCCGAGGAGCCCGAGGGGGCGGAGAGCGAGGUGGAGAAGAGGACGAUGCCCGACUUUGUCAAACCUCUGGCUGACGUGGAGGUGGUGGAAGGGAAGGAGGUGGUGCUGAGGUGCACGGUGGCCGGCCUGCCUUACCCCUCCAUCGCCUGGUACCACAACAGCAAACGCAUCGAGAGCAGCGAGGAGCGCAAGAUGACCCAGUACAGGGAUGUCCACAAUCUGGUCAUUCGGAGCGCUUGUCACGCUCAUGGUGGCGUCUACAAGGCCGUGGUCUCCAACCGACUGGGCAAGGCAGCCUGCUACGCUCAUCUGUACAUCACAGACAUCGUCCCUGAUCCUCCUGACGGUCCUCCAGUGAUCGAGGCCAUCACAGGGAAAAAUAUCAGCUUGAGCUGGAGGAGACCAAAGAGGCUCGACUCCUCGUUGGACACCAGCUCUCUGCUGUACGUGGUGCAGCAGCAGCCUCUGGGCUCCAUCCAGUGGUCCGUCGUGGCAUCGAACCUGCGGGACACCAGCUACACCGUCACCUCCCUGUCCAAGGGGGUGCGCUACGCCUUCAGAGUCGUGACGUCCACCGGAAAGACGCUGAGCAAACCGUCCGCCUCCACCGACCUGGUCCAGCUGCUGGACAGAGGACCUUAUCUGAGGAAGGCCCCGGUCAUCCUGGACAAACCAGACGUGGUGUACGUGGUGGAGCACCAACCUGCGACCAUCACCAUCACACUGAACCAUGUGCACGCAGCUGUCACCUGGAAGAGGAGGGGGGUGGUGCUGGUCAACAGACCCGGGAUGUACGAGAUGAGCAUGCCGGACGACGACCAGCACUCCCUGAAGCUGCAGCGGGUCAGGAGCACGGACGUGGGCCAGCUGCUGGUCACAGCCAGCAACCAGUUCGGCAGUGACCUCUGCACGCUGCAGCUGGCGAUGGCCGUGCCUCCUAAGUUUGAAACCAUCAUGGAGGACCAGGACGUGCACGUGGGGGAGAUGUCUCGCUUGGCUGUCGUGGUCGAAGGGAAACCAGACCCAGAUAUCCUGUGGUAUAAGGAUGACGUGCGUCUCUCUGAGAGCAACCACUUCACUUUCGUGUACGACGACCCAGAAUACUCCCUGGUGGUUCUGAACGCCCGGCCCGAGCACUCGGGCGUGUACACGUGCACGGCCAAGAACCUGGCGGCCUCCAACUCCUGCAAGGCUGAAGUCACAGUUCACACAGAGCGGAAAGAAGCUGCAGAGCCGAUGGAGGACGAGGGAACCAUUCUGAGGAAGAUGAGGCGUCUGACUGAUUACUAUGAUAUCCACAAAGAGAUAGGGAGGGGCGUCUUCUCCUACGUGAAGAGAGUGACUCAGAAGAAGGGAAAGGCCGAGCUGGCCGCCAAGUUCAUCUCGGCCCGAGGGAAGAGGAAGGCGUCGGCCCUGCGGGAGAUGGAUCUUCUGUCGGAGCUGGACAACGAGAGGAUUCUUUAUUUCCACGACGCCUUUGAGAAGAAGGACAUGGUGGUGCUCAUCACGGAGCUAUGUCACGAGGAGUUCCUGGAGAGAAUGGCCAAGAAAACCACGGUCCUGGAGCAGGAGAUCCGCUGCAGCGUUCAGCAGGUGCUGGAAGGUCUCCGCUACCUUCACCAGAAGAACAUUGCCCACCUUGAUAUGAAGCCCGAGAACAUUCUAAUGGCAAGUCCGGGUCGGGACCAGAUCCGGAUCUGUGACUUUGGAAGCGCCCUGAAGCUGGAGGCGUCGGAGGAGUCCUACUGCAAGUACGGCACGCCGGAGUACGUGGCCCCGGAGAUCGUUAACCAAACUCCUGUUUCCACAGCCACAGACAUAUGGCCUGUCGGUGUCAUCACUUACCUCUGCCUGACCGGUGUGUCUCCGUUCGCGGGAGAGAACGACCGAGCCACCGCCUUGAACAUCCGGAACUACAACGUGGCGUUCGAGGAGACCAUGUUCUCUGACCUCUGUAAAGAAGCCAAGGGGUUUGUCAUCAAACUGCUGGUGCUGGACCGACUGAGGCCGAGUGCCACCGAGUGCCUGCGUCAUCCCUGGUUCAAGUCGCCAACGAACAAGAGCAUCAGCACGGCCAUGCUGAAGCAGGUCCUGUCCAGGAGGCGAUGGCAGCGUUCCCUCAUCAACUACAAAGCCAAGAUGAUCAUGCGUUCCAUCCCGGAGCUCCUGAACGAAUCAUCCAGCCACGUCUCCAUCGCUGUGGCGAGACAUUUGAAAGAAGGCUGCCAACCGCUGUCCUCUUCCUCGGACUCCGAUGCAGAUGUAGACGAGCUUCCCUUCAUUCCGAUGCCACUGUCCAUGGUCUUCUCCGGGUCCAGGGUCUCCCUCAAUGAGAUCCCAGGGGAGGAAGAUGUCCCUGCAUGGCCCAGUGUCACCACCGAUGGGACCAGGAGAGGGGACAAUUCAGAUGUAACCAGCCCUCGAGGAGCGGCUGGGAAAAGUCCAACAGAUGAAGAGCAAACUCCAGAUGGGGACAAAACGGAAAAGACAAAACGAGUUCCCCUGAAAAAAGGAUCAAGUGUUGAGUGUGAAGAAUCAGAGACGAGAACGAGGAGGGCGACCAUGAGGAGAGGAAGCUCUGCUGACUCAGCGCUGCUACUCCACAUUGACCCAGAGGAGGAAAAAGCCAAUGAGGAAGUAGAGGCGAGUACCAAGAGUCUGAAAAAGUCUGUUUCCAUGGAGCUACCCAAUCGCAGCCCGAGCCCCGGGGGGGCCACACUCAGCCAGGAGGACUAUGCUCUGAAGCUGGAGCUGAUGAGGCAGCGGCUGCUCAGGGGAGGAAGCGUGGACAAGAAGAUGAGCGGCCUGCGAGGACCCUUGUUUGAAACGCUGGGCAUGGACGAGCAGAGGCAAACGGCCUCUUUAGAUCGGAAUCUGAGGAGAUCCAGAGCGGCGCCGCCCACAUUCACCAGAGCAGCGUCUUCUGAGAUCCCCGGGGAGGACACACCCAAGACCAAAGUGUUUCGCAAAAGCUCCUCCUUCACUCAAGGGGAUUCUGAACCAAUGCCCCUGCACCGCAGGUUCGGAGCCCCCUUGGAGAUCCCGUCUGUGGGCAGUGGGAGCAUAGAAGGGAGAAAGCUCCUGGAGGCCACCUCGAUGUCCGCUCUCACAGAGCAAACUACUCUGGAGUCUGGGUCCAACUCCCCCACAGAGAAAGCCCUGUUUCUAAUCCCAGUGCCAGGAGUGGACCAGCAGAAACAGAACAAUGUGUCAGAACAUGAGGAGACAGAGAAAAGGACCAAAACCCAGAUCGAACCAGCAGAUCGAGUAGAACCUGAGUCCAGAUCGCCCUUUGUGACCACUCCCAUUAUCGUGAUAGAGGAGGAUGAUGAGCAGGAAGAGAGGAAGGAAAACCUGGAGUUACAUGUUGAGGAAGAAGAAGAUGAAAACAGUAAAACAUCAGCUGUUGUUCAAGGUGUUUCAGGACCGAUUCAAACUUCUGAACUAUCCAAAGAACCUGCAGCUCCUUUAAAGCCCAAUGGUACGGAUACGCCCUCGUUACCUGAACAUCCAGCGGUGUUUGCCAAAGUCGCGAGUGCCGACCGAUCUCCUGCGUCUGUUUCCACGUCGUCCAAUCCCGACCUUCCUGCCGCGGCCGGCCGGCCUCUGCUCAGAACCGACAUCAAGGACAUCGACUCAGAAGAGGUCUUUGAGGCCCGCUUCAAGAAACGAGAGUCGUCUCUGACCCGCGGACUCAGAAAGUUAAGAAACAAAUCCGAGGAGAGAUCCCCGGGACUGAGCCGCAAGGCAGCGGAGGGGGGGGAAGAGGUGUACAGGCCGGGUCCAAGGGGAGCGCCUCUAGAGGUGGUGUCCAAGGGUCUGCAGGAGAGGUCCAAGUCUGUUCAGGAUCUAAGAGACGAAGACAAGGAAUCAGGACUUGGUCGCAUCGGGAGGUUUUCAUUGAGGACGAAGAAAUCUGGAUCUGGUGAGAAGAAGGGGGAGAAACCGAAAGAGGAGAAGAGCCAGGAGGUCCAGGAGCCUGCUGCAGGGAAGAGGGUUUCAUGGGCCAUGGGUCGCAGCAAGUCCCUGGACACGAAGGACCGAGCUGAGGAGUCCACAGUUUCUUCCAUGAGGCGCAAGUUUGAGUCCAAAGUGGCAGGAAUCACGGCCAAGAUACGGACGCAGUCAGAGGAGAGGAAGGAGACGGGUGCUGGAGGAAGUCAGAAAGACCUGGCGCCGAAGACGGACUUAAAGAAGGUCCCAGACUCCCCCGUCCUGGCCAUGAAACAGAAGUUUGAGAACAAAGUGGCAGAAAUAUCCACAAAGAUUCGCAGUCAGUCUGAGGAGAGGAAAGGAGAAGCAGAGGGGAAGAGGACGCCGCUGUUCACCCGCCACCGGCACUCCCAGUCCGAGGGCCGGGGGCCGCUGGAGAUGGGCAUCCCCGAGAAUCAACUGGCCAACCAGGCCGGCACCGGGGCUUCCAAAGAGUCCGUCGACUCCACGUCCAGCUUCCAGUCGGAGAAGGCCUCGGAGAGCGACAGGCGGUCGCGGUGGGACAGGUGGGGUCUGACCAGAGGCAAGAAGGACAAAACUCCUUCUCAGCCUGAUCUGCCGUCCUCCGUCCCCAAGGAGGACGGCCUGUCCCACAGCCAGACGUUCGUCCGCUCUGCCUCCGACUUCGCUCCCGUGUUCCACAUCAAGCUGAAAGACCACUUCCUGUCGGAGGGGGAGCCGGUGACUCUCAGCUGCCUUCCUGCUGGAAGCCCUCCCCCCGACAUCACCUGGAUGAAAGAUAGAAAAUCUCUGGAGGUGGAUGACAGGAUGAACCUGAUCUCUCACCCUGACGGCAGACAGCUUCUCACCAUCACCAAGUCGAGCCGGAGGGACACUGGGAUUUAUGAAUGUGUAGCUACCAACCCUAUAGCGACCAUCACCACCUCCUGCACCCUCUCCAUCGCUAGUGUCCCAAAGCGCCCUGGGACCCCUGAGGUCCCUCAGACGUACAACAACACGGCCCUGGUGCUCUGGAAACCAGCCGACAGCAAGUCGCCCUGCAGCUACACACUCGAGAGGAAGACAGAGGCAGAUUCAAAGUGGACGACCGUGGCGACCAGAGUUGUCGACUGCUACUACAAUGUCACCAACCUGCCACCAGGGGGCCCCUUCCGGUUCCGUGUGGCCUGCGUCAACAAGGCGGGUCAGGGGCCCCACAGCAGCCCCUCGGCUCCAGUCCGCGUGGACCCCCCCGCAGAUGAAAGUUCUUCACCCACGGUUGCUGUGGUAAAAACCCUCCCCACCCCCCCUGAGCCCGUGGUCACCUCUCCAGUGAAACCAGUCCACACUGCUCCCAGGGUCUCCACCUCCACCUCCCCCCCGACAGAUCCAGCCCCCCCAGCGGUGGUGACACCCCCCCCUCCAUCCUCUCCACCAGCAGCAGCAGACGAGCCUCAGAAGAAAACCUCCAGUCUUCCUUCCUCACCCACAGUCAAACCCCCCCCACCCUUUGUCCUCCCCAAACCCCAGAGCCCAGUCAACGUGGUGACCCCGAUGACCCAGACCCCGCCCAUAUCGCCGCCCCCUCCUCUUGUAGCCCCGCCUUCAACUCCCACUAAACCAGUGACCUCGGUGCCGUCGUACGUUCCCACCGCCGCCGUCACCGCCCGUGUGACUCCGGUCUCCUUCACCCCCCAAGUGCUCCAGACCUCCAGCCUGAGCCCCAUCGGUGAGGGGACCAGUACCCCGACCAGAGGCACCCCGACCAGAGGGACCCCGACCAGGGGGACAUCGUCAGGACGCACCACGCCCUCCACCGCCCUGCGACAGGGGGUCCCUCAGAAACCUUACACCUUCCUGGAGGAGAGAGCCAGAGGUCGGUUUGGCGUGAUCCGGGAGUGUCGGGAGAACGCCACGGGGAAGAUCUACAUGGCCAAGAUCAUCCCCUACAGUCAGGACAACAAGCAGGACAUCCUGAAGGAGUACGAGAUCCUGAAGUCGCUUCACAACGAGAAGGUGAUGUCUCUGCACGAAGCCUACGUGACGCCGCGCUACCUGGUGCUGGUGACGGAGUACUGCACCGGCAAAGAGCUGCUGCACAGCCUGAUCGACAGGUUCCGUUACUCCGAGGACGACGUGGUGGGCUACCUGGUCCAGAUCCUCCAGGGAGUCGAGUACCUGCACAGCCGCCGCGUCCUGCACCUCGACCUCAAGCCCGACAACAUCCUGGUGACCAGCCUCAACGCCAUCAAGAUCGUGGACUUUGGGAGCGCGCAGACCUUCAACCCCCUCAGCCUCAAACACCGGGACUCCGGCCCAGGAACACUGGACUACAUGGCUCCUGAGAUGGUGAAAGGUGAAGUGGUCGGUCCUCCUGCAGACAUGUGGACUGUUGGAGUCGUCACCUUCAUCAUGCUCAGCGGUCGACUGCCCUUCGAAGAUAAAGACCCUCAACAAGUGGAAUCCAAAAUCCUGAUAGCGAAGUUUGACCCAACGAAACUUUAUCCAAACGUGUCCCAGAGUGCGUCUGCCUUCCUCAAGAAGAUGCUGAGCAGCUACCCCUGGGCCCGGUCGACCACACGGGACUGCUUCACUCACGCCUGGCUGCAGGACUCGUACCUGAUGAAGCUGAGGAGACAAACUCUCUCCUUCACCUCCAGCCGGCUCAAAGAGUUCCUGGUGGAGCAGCAGUGCCGCCGCUCGGAGGACGCCACCAAACACAAGGUGCUGCUGCGCACCUACCAGAGCUCCGCCCAGUCCACACCGCCUGGGGGUGCACCACACGUCCCCAGUCCAAAGUGA